UUGUGCAGUGGUGGAAGCAAAGUCUCUUGGUAUCUGUCAGAGCGCACAGCAGGCAGCGUUUCCAUUUGUUUUCUCUGCACGUUGUUGUGUAAUGAAGGCGAUGUGGAUUUACAGGCUCGUUGUUGGACUCGCAGUCGUUUCUUGCUGCGAGGGCAGGCGAAAUGCUCUCCAAGACUAUCAGAAAUCCGAAGGUACCCGACUGGCUGUUGUGUCUCCAGAUUCCUCACAUUUGACCAAAAGCAGGAAACUGAGCUUAACCAAAUGUGCAAAAACAUGCAGUCGCGGAAAAAGACUCCCAUUCAACUGCAGAGCUUUCCUCUAUGAUCAUCGGAACAGGAAAUGCCAGUGGCUUUCAUUUGACAGAAAUUCGCCAGGAGCUCAAAGCCAUCAGAACGUCUACUAUGACCUCUAUCAAAAGAAAGACUACAUAAGGGAAUGCAUUGUGGGGACAGGUCAGAGCUACAGGGGUCGGAGGUCAGUGACAGUCAGUGGGAUCCUGUGCCAAGCCUGGGCCUCCCCAAUACCUCAUGAGCACAAAUUCAUGUCUAAGCGGUACAGGAAAACGGACCUAAUAGAGAAUUAUUGCCGCAACCCAGACAACUCCACCGUUGGUCCAUGGUGCUUCACCACCGACCCCAGGCCACACCUCCGACACCAGGAGUGUGGCAUACCGCAGUGUUCACAAGUUGAGUGCAUUACCUGUAAUGGGGAAGAUUACAGAGGACCAAUGGACUACACAGAAAGUGGGAAAGAAUGUCAACGAUGGGACCUGAAUGAACCUCACAAGCAUUCAUACCACCCCUCAAGAUACCCUGACAAAGGCCUACAUGACAACUACUGUAGGAACCCUGACGGACGUCACCGACCAUGGUGCUUUACCACAGACCCAAACACACACUGGGAGUACUGCAACAUCAAAGUUUGUGAAACCCCUCCUAAAAGUCCUGAGGCGGAGACAACCGAGUGUUAUGAGGGCAGAGGAGAGGGUUACAGAGGCACAGCGGACACGACGCCCAGCGGACUCGCCUGCCAACGCUGGGAUUCUCAGUAUCCACAUAACCACACAUUCCUACCUGAAGCUUACCCUUGCAAGGACCUGAAAGAGAACUACUGUCGAAAUCCAGACGGUCAAGAAUUCCCCUGGUGUUUCACUACAGACCCAAGAGUACGCACAAUGUUCUGCACCCACAUCCCUCAGUGUGGCGUCCAGAACAGUCCUGUCAGCGACUGCUUCUUGGGCUUUGGAGAGAAUUACCAAGGAGAGCAGUCAAGGACUAGAUCAAACCUACCCUGCGCUCCCUGGAGAGACCACAGCAACAGGGGGGAGAGGGGCAUGCUGAUGGCUGGCCUAGAGGGAAAUUUCUGCAGAAAUCCUGAUAAGGACAAACAUGGUCCCUGGUGUUUCACCAACAACUCUGCCAUUAGCUGGGAUUACUGCAACGUAAAACCUUGUGAUGCUUUGCAAAACAGCAUUCCACCAGUCUUUGUAGCUGAGCCAACCCCUGUGAGGUGUUUUGUCCAUAAAAGAACCAGGAUUGUGGGAGGAGCUCCAGUUGGCAUAUCAGACGGCAGCUGGAUGGUUAGCAUACAGAAAGGAUCAGUGCAUUGGUGUGGAGGUUCUCUUGUGCGAGAGGAGUGGGUACUUACUGACAGACAAUGCUUCUCCUCCUGUGUUCCAGACCUCAGCGAGUAUCGGGUGUGGCUGGGAGUCUCUGAUCUUCGAGAAGGAUCUCCUGACAGACCUAAGAGACAGGAAGUCAGAAUAGCUCAAGUGAUAUGUGGUCCCAAUGGAUCCAGCUUAGCCCUCCUGAGACUCUCAAAGCCCGCCCGUCCUGCAGACAACGUCCACACAAUUCAGCUGCCUGUGGCCGGAUGCUCCAUCCCAGAGGGAACCAUGUGCAAAAUGUAUGGAUGGGGAGAGACAAAAGGCACUGGUCACGAUGACGUCCUAAAGGCAGUGGACUUGCCCAUUGUUGGAAAUGAUAGGUGCAGAGAAAUGCAUAGAGGGAACUUCCACAUCACCAACACCAAGAUCUGUGCAGGGGGGAAAAGGAACGAGGGAGUGUGUGAGAGAGAUUAUGGGGGCCCUCUUGUGUGUCAAGAUGGUGAUCUCAAAGUUAUUGUUGGCAUCAGUGUCCAUGGCAGAGGCUGCGCUCGAGCCAACCAGCCUGGCAUUUUCAUUAAUGUCCCCUUCUACACACAGUGGAUUUACAAGGUCUUUCGAUAUAACCCAAACUCUGACACUGCUUAGAAACAAAUCACUACUACCGGACUAAAUUAAAACUAGACCCUCUCUUCUUUAACUCCAGUGGACAUCUUUAACUCAGGACAUCUGGUUUCUGUGACUCAGAUACCUGUGGGGUCUGCAGCUGAAGAUGAAAGUCUGAGGAAGCAUUUGCAGUGAUGAUGGCUUUAAAAUCACUAGCAAAUGCCAUACUGACUUCAGUACAAGGAGUCAGUAACUAGUGGUUUAUUGCAAAGAUGGAAACGUAUUACUUCUCAUAUCGUAGACAUGUAACAUCAUGUAAUUUUUGAACCAUCUAGAGGGAGAACAGUUUUGAUAAAGGGAGUUAUUACAUAAGAAAAGGAGUCAGUCAGAACCAGAGUCAAAAAAUACAAACAGGAUUGCGAAAAAGAAUUUGCCCCUUUUACCUUACCUGUUUCGGUUCCUGGAACAAUUAUUAAUAUUAGAUAAGAUGACCAAAGUUAAUUCUACAAAGCAGUCUUUAAAUUAUUAAUUCAUUAAAGGUCAAAAUGCAUCCAGACCAACCUGGCCCUGUGUGAAAAAGUUAACACCUGGAUAAGACAUGAAUUAACUUUGAUUUAUCACAAUAUUUUGGAAAGUUAAUUUCAGUAUCUCUAGCCAUGCCCACACGUGAUUAUUGCCACAUGUCUGUAAAAAGAAAAAAAAAAUCAUUUAAACAGAACCUGGUUUUCAACACAGAGCACAGUAAUAUAUCAUACAUUGUAACACAUGAUGCCCAGUCCUACAGCAAUAAACAGAUGAGGAACUAAAACUUUGAUAAGCCACAGUGAAGAUAAUUAUAUACAAUUACCAAUACAUUGCACAAAGCUGAACCUGACAAGCAGUGGCCAGCCUACGAAAAUUACUACAAGUGUAUAUUCAGGAAGUUACCAAAGAACUUAGAGCAAUAUAUACAGAAGGCUUUAGUUGCUUCAGUGAUGAAGCAUGAUUCAACAAUAAGAAAGAAAAAAUGGCGUCCAUGGUAAAGUUCCAAUGUGAAAACCAUUUAUAAUCUAAAUGAACAUCUCAUCUUUGCUAAAAAGGUGUUUGGCAUAUUUUGUAGACUUCCGAGAUAAAAAAUUUAACUCCUCAAAAGUUGUGCAAUUUGAUAAAUCUGGUUCAAAGCUGAUUUAGAAUCACAGAUAAGGAAAAUCAUACUCAAAGUGCAGAAGCUAUUUGAAUCCAAAGGGAUGUAAAAGACUUGACUGCGUUCAUAUUUUCCUCUGAACUGGGAAAUUCUGACUUCCCAGUCAGAAAAAUCAAUUGGAACUCCCUCCGAUGUCAGAUUUCCCGCUGGGAAACUGGGAGCAACUCUUUAUUGGAAGGGAUUGCAUAAGACCGACACAACACCUGUCAUGAACAUGAAGGUUUCUUCGUAAAUGUCAAUGACUGUUGUCAUGAAGUGUCAUUCGUUAAAUGACACUUUUAUUCUAAAGUUGACACCUUUAAUGUCUUUUUGAUGCAAGUUUUAAUGCAACUUUGCUUUAAAAAUGUCAUUAUUUACCUUCAUGACAACAAGCAUUAAUGAAGACUCCGUCAUGUUCACAACAGUUGUGUCAAGUUUAUGACAAUGUCAUGUCGAUCACACUUCAAAUAAAGUGUUACUGAUGUUUAUUUUAAAAGACAAACAUGCGAGAGCGUGUCUAUGUUCAUUGUAACACCUGCAACUAUAAACUAAACAAAUUAAAAGUGAUGUUUGCUUACGGAAAAUAAAGUUUAAAGCUGAUGUUUGUUAGAGGUACUGUUAAUGUUUGUGGGUGUCGCCAUGUUGAAAUUCCAACUGACCUUGGGUGACCUUGGGUCUGACGUGAAACUGAGCUUCGAGUUUCCGAUUUCCGAUAGAACUGGAAAGCAGCGUUAGUGCCACUAACUUUCAACCCAUGACAGCAGUGGCUGCCACCAAACGAAGCCUAACCAAUUAGGUUUGUAGGGCAAUUAUUCUUUCACAUAGUGCCAUGUUAGUUUGUAUAAUAUAUUUAUCAUUCUUAUUGUAUCAUUCUUUGAAACUUCUUUUUCUCAGGUUUCCAUUCUGUAUGACAUCUGUCAACCUUUGCAGACUUUCCAUGUGUCCACUGUAGAUGUGUGUAUGUGAAUUCUCAAAUCCUGGUAUUACUUGAAUGAACUGAAUACCAAAUGCAGAGGUUCAAAUGUUGGGCCAAUUAGAAAACCAACCUGUGGUAGAACAUGUUGAGGGCACUCCAUCCAUUUCUGAGGGGCUUAAGUAAAGCAAGUCCUUUAUGUAAAUAUAUAUUAAAUGAGUGUAUUUGUGACACUCUUAAUGUAAUUUAGGUCUUAUAGAUCUACAAAAUGAGAACAUGAAUGUUGUAUCAAGCAGAUAGAAGAAAAAAUUAAAGUGAUUUUUUUUUUACAGUGGAAAAUUUCUGUCAUCUUUCUGUCUCAUAAUUGUUAGAUUAAAAACAAAAUCCUACAUUGUAAUGCUAUCACAGCACCAUGGACUGUACAUAUGUGAUCCCUUCUGUGUAAAAAAAAAAAAAUGAAAGAAGUGCCUAACUUUUAAGUUAUCAUUCAUGUAUAUUCAUAGGCUCAUUCUGUACAAUUUCCAAUAGUUCACAUUUUGAACCAUUGUGGUUAUUCCUGUUUUGUUUUUGUCCUGUUUUGUUCAUUUCUGCAGUAAUGAUUGAGAAAAAAAAAAACCCAUCUACACAAGGAGAUAAUGUAGUCAUAUUUAAUGAAUUAGAAUGCAAUUGACAAGUUUCAGUAACUCAGUUCAUUAACACUUGUGCGUGCAAGGACUGAGGCAAAUAAUGCAAGUGAUACGGGUGUGGGGUCGGUUGGACCCCAUUUGUAAACACAAGGGUUAAGUGAAACAGAUGUUUUCAAGUCUCCGUCUCUUUUAAUGAUCCAGAUUUUCUGCUUAUUGUUAAUGAAAAUUAGAAAUUUCAGAAAAAACAACAAAAAAACAUUUUUAAUACAGAAAUGUGGCCUCAAUGAAAAGUAUGUUUUAUACCUGCUAAAUCUUAUUUUCAGAAACCAGGACUGAUUUAUCAGUGCAGGCAAAACUCGACACAUCCUUAGUCCCUCCACUCCGAAUGUUAAUUUCACAAAGUCAGUCGAAUUUUAUGUACCAGGAGUUUGCCUGUUUUAUCAGAAUGACACUUAAAUUUACAAAACUUGAUAUUCAUCAUAUCCAUAUUAUGUAUGUACAAUUGCGAUAAAAUGGUUUUUCUCGCGUGUUUUGGCACUGAAAGCUGCUACAGUCUACAUGUUGUACAGUAUUGCCUUAUGUUUUCUGUAUAAUGUACAUUUUCUGUAAGGUUCCACUUACCCACUAUGCUUAAGAAUAAACAGUUUACCUAGUGA